GACCGAGAGGAGGAGGAGCGCGACGGCGGCCAGUACUACUUCCCUCAGUAGUACCGCGCCGCUCCGCCCUGGAGUGACGCCCUCCGCCCAUGGGCCUGGCCGAGGGCAACCGGCGGGCGGCGCGGAGGAGGCGGCGGCGGCGGCAGGUGGCGUGCAGCAGGGUUGGAGCCUGGUCGGGCCAUGGCCGCCUCGGAGCGGCUCUACGAGUUGUGGCUACUCUACUACGCGCAGAAGGACCUGGGCUAUCUGCAGCAGUGGCUGAAGGCCUUUGUGGGUACCUUCGAGAAGAGCAUCUCACUGUCCUCUCUGGAGCCACGCAGGCCGGAGGAGGCAGGUGCAGAGGUGCCGCUGCUCCCUCGGGAUGCGCUGCACGUGCUGGCCGAGCGGCUGGACGAGGGGGACCUGGAGCAAGCCCUGCUGCUGCUCAAGCUCUUCGUCAUCCUCUGCAGGAACCCGGAGAAUGUAGAGGCAGGCUGGGGCCAGGUGCUGGUGCCCCGGGUGCUGGCGUUGCUGACCUGCUUGGUGGCCAAGCUGAAAGGACCCCCACCACCGGAGAAGGGCCAUGGGUCCCAGCUGGAAAACGUAGCCCUGCAUGCCCUGCUCCUCUGUGAGGGCCUCUUCGACCCCUACCAGACCUGGCGGCGCCAGCACAGUGGGGAAGUCAUCAGCUCCAAGGAGAAGAGCAAGUACAAGUUCCCUCCUGCGGCUUUGCCCUGUGGAUUCAGCACCUUCUUCCGAGAGAGCCUGCAGGAUGCAGAUCACUUGCCGCCUGUGCUCCUGCUGCGUCUCAUCCAUCUCUUUGGUGCUGUCCUUGCAGGAGGGAAGGAGAACGGGCAGAAGGCUGUGAGCGCUGGCACUGUUCAGGGCCUGCUGGAUGUGGUGCGGGGCUGGGGCCACGGGCCAGCCCAGGACCCCCGCCUAGUGCCGCUGGCACUGGAGGCACUGGUGGGUGCGGUACACGUCCUGCACGCCAGCCGCACACCCCCCCGGGGGCCAGAGCUCCGAGCCCUGCUUGAGGGCUACUUCCGUGUCCUUAAUGCCGACUGGCCAGCCGGGCCAAGCCUGGACCCCGAAGAGGCCCUCAUCACCCUACGGGUCAGCAUGCUCGAUGCCAUCCCCAUGAUGCUGGCAUGUGAGGACCGGCCCGUGCUGCAGGCCACCUUCCUCAGCAACAAUUGCUUUGAACACCUUAUUCGCCUCAUCCAGAACAGCAAGCUGUACUUGCAGGCCCGGGCGCCCCCUGAGGGGGACAGUGACCUGGCUACCUGGUUACUGACCGAGCCCGAUGUCCAGAAGGUACUGGACCAGGACACAGAUGCCAUUGCAGUCCACGUAGUCAGAGUGUUGACCUGUAUCAUGAGCGGCUCCCCCUCCGCCAAGGAGGUGUUUAAGGAGCGCAUCGGCUACCCUCACCUGCAAGAGGUUCUGCAGAGUCACGGUCCCCCCACCCAUCGACUGUUGCAAGAGCUGCUCAACAUGGCUGUGGAGGGCAACCACAGCACGUGUCCGCCACCACCAAUCCGCAAUGAGCAGCCGGUGCUGGUGCUAAUGCGGUGGCUGCCAGCACUGCCCACAGCUGAGCUGCGGCUCUUCCUAGCACAGCGCCUCUGGUGGCUCUGCGACAGCUGCCCUGCCAGCCGUGCCACGUGUGUCCAGGCCGGUCUGGUGGGCUGCCUGUUGGAGACACUCAGCGAGGGGGCAGCCCUGGGGGCCCGCUGCCAGGAGCAGCUGCUGGCGCUGCUGCAAGCAUUGGGCCACGUGUCACUAAGGCCCUUGGAGCUGCGUCGCCUGCUUCGUCCCCCAGCAGGUCUGGACUCAGGGCCGGGUGGAGCUGAGGCCGGGGCUGCCCGACACGCAGGUGCCACCAUCCGCGCGCUCUCAGGCAUGGCCCGGCGCCAGGGCCCGGCACGAGCCCUGUGCUACUUUGACCUCACGCCCAGCAUGGCGGGUAUCAUGGUACCCCCUGUGCAGCGAUGGCCAGGACCUGGCUUCACCUUCCAUGCCUGGCUGUGUCUGCACCCCACGGCUGUAACACCCGCCCCGGGCCCCACCCGGCCGCUCCAGCGAAAGCAACUGUACAGCUUCUUCACCAGCAGCGGCUCAGGGUUUGAAGCCUUCUUCACGGCGGCUGGGACCCUGGUGGUGGCCGUGUGCACCCGGAAGGAGUACUUGACCAUGAGCUUGCCUGAAGUGUCCUUUGCCGACUCUGCCUGGCACUGUGUGGCCAUUGUCCAUGUGCCCGGGCGCCGGCCCUUCAGCCAGAACCUGGUGCAUGUCUACAAAGACGGCCAUCUGGUGAAGACGGCACCCCUUCGCUGCCCCUCCCUUAGUGAGCCUUUCUCCUCCUGCUGUAUCGGCUCUGCUGGGCACCGCACAACGACCACCACCACGGGCCUACCUGCGCCACCUGUCCCCGCUGCCCUGGCUCACACUCACCCCUCCCUCACCCGCUCCCAGUCAGUCCCGGCCACCACAGGGCUUGGCUGGGGGUCCGGGCUGGUGGCCCCUCUGCAGGAGGGCAGCAUCAGCUCCACCCUCGCAGGCACACAGGACACUCGGUGGGGCAGCCCCACAUCCCUGGAGGGCGAGCUGGGGGCUGUGGCCAUCUUCCAUGAAGCCCUGCAGGCGGCAGCCCUGCGGGUCCUGUGCACCCUGGGGCCCAAUGAGACAGCACCCUUCAAGCCCGAGGGUGAACUGCAUGAACUUGGCACCAAGCUGCUCCUCCAUUACUCACCUCAGGCCUGUAAGAACAACAUCUGCCUGGACCUGUCCCCUGGUCACGGGCUGGAUGGCCGCCUGACAGGCCACAGGGUGGAGACCUGGGACGUGAAGGAUGUGGUGAAUUGCGUGGGAGGCAUGGGUGCCCUGCUGCCCCUGCUGGAACGAGUGGCUACACAGCCCCAAGAAGCCGAGGCAGGUCCAGCAGAAACACAUGACCUUGUGGGGCCCGAACUGACCUCUGGCCACAACGCCACCCAGGGACUGCUUCUCCCACUGGGCAGGUCCUCAGAGGAGCGAAUGGAGAGGAAUGCAGUGGCUGCCUUUCUGCUGAUGCUGCGGAACUUCCUACAGGGCCAUGCUGUGAACCAGGAGAGCCUGGUGCAGUGCCAGGGGCCUGCCAUCAUUGGGGCCCUCCUGCGCAAGGUCCCCAGCUGGGCCAUGGACAUGAAUGUGCUCAUGUCUGCCCAGCUUCUGAUGGAGCAGGUGGCAGCCGAGGGCGGUGGGCCCCUCCUGUACCUGCUCUACCAGCAUUUGCUCUUCAACUUUCACCUCUGGACCCUUAGUGACUUUGCUGUGCGCCUGGGCCACAUCCAGUACGUGUCUAGCAUAGUCCGUGAGCAUAGACAAAAGCUCCGGAAGAAGUAUGGGGUCCAGUUCAUCCUCGAUGCUCUGCGCGCUCACUACAGCCUACAGCGGGAGCACCCCCUAGCGGCUGAUGACCUGCGCACAGUGCAGACUUCACUCCUGGGCCUGGCGCGGGAGUUUCUGGUGCGGAGCUCUUCCGCUGAUGACCUGCAGGUGGUGCUGAACUUUCUGGCGGCUGCGGGUGAUGAUGGCCAGGUGCUGGGUGCGCUGGACCUGCUGCUGGCACUGCUGCAGGGCUCGCCAGCACAGGAGUCUUUGGCUGCCUUCCUGCUGGAGCCAGGGAACCUUGAGGUGCUGCUGGCACUGCUGGUGCGGCCAAGGCCCAUGCCCUUGCUGCCCGACCGAGUCUGCAAGAUCCUGCGCAGACUGCAGCAGAAUGAGCGCUUACCUGAGCGCAGCCGCCAGCGGCUCCGGCUGCGAGAGUGUGGCCUCCAGGGUCUCGUUGCCUGCCUGCCGGAGGGGGCUGUUUCCCCCCAGCUCUGCCAGGGCCUCUUCAAGCUGUUCCUGGGGGCAGAUUGCCUGAACCUCUCAGAUCUGUUGGCUGUGGUGCAGCUGUCCCUGCAGGCUGACCUCAGCAUCCGCCUAGACAUCUGUCGUCAGCUCUUCCACCUCAUCUACGGACAGCCAGAUGUAGUGCGGCUGCUGGCCCGACAGGCCGGCUGGCAGGAUGUGCUGACCCGGCUGUUUGUCCUGGAAGCCGUCACAGCUGGCAGUCCCCUGCCCUUUACCCCCGAGCCACCCACCUCCCCGGAGCCAGCCUUACACAAGCCACCCACUGAGUCACCUGAGCCUUCGGACGUCUUCCUGCCCGCGGAGGUCCCCUGCCCUGACCCUGACGCCUUUUACCAGGCUCUUUCCCCAUUCUCCACACCCUUUGAGCUGGGCCCAGAACGGGCCAGUGUGAGUUCAGGCAAUACUGCUGGCGGUGGCAGUGGCAGUGGGACUCUCACUCCAGCCAGCCAGCCUGGCACCCCUUCCCCGCUGGAUGGGCCCCGGUCCUUCCCUAUUGCCCAGGGCCGCCACAGCUCCAGUCUCUCCAAUGUGCUGGAGGAUGGCAGCCUGCCAGAGCCCACCAUCAGUGGGGAUGACACCUCUAAUACGAGCAACCCUCAGCAAACCUGUGAGGAGGAGCUUUGUAACCUGCUCACCAACGUGCUGUUCUCGGUGACUUGGCGGGGAGUGGAUGGCAGUGACGAGGCUGCCUGGCGGGAGCGCGGCCAGGUCUUCUCCGUGCUCACCCAGCUGGGGGCCUCGGCCACGCUUGUGCGCCCACCAGACUGCAUCAAGCGCAGCCUCCUGGAGAUGAUGCUGGAGUCAGCCCUGACCGACAUCAAAGAGGCCCCCCUUGGGGUCCUAGCCAGCCUCACCCAGCAGGCGCUCUGGCUGCUGCGCCUGCUGCAGGACUUCCUGUGUGCCGAGGGCCACGGUAACCAGGAGCUGUGGAGUGAGAAGCUCUUUGAAGGUGUGUGCAGCCUGCUUGAUCGCCUGGGGGCCUGGCUGCACCUGGCCAAUGGCACAGCAGAUCUCCGAGAGAUGGCACAGAUUGGCCUGCGCCUCGUGCUUGGCUACAUUCUGCUGGAGGACCCACAGCUGCACGCCCAGGCCUAUGUAAAGCUGCACGCACUGCUGCAGACUGCAGUGCCCAUGCGCCGGGAGGAGGCUUGUUAUGUGCUCUCCAAGCUGGAGGCGGCGCUGGCACGGGCGCUGAACACCCCAGCCUCAGAGACCCCCACCGGGGACGGGGAGCCCCCAGCUGCAGCCGCUGCUGCAGAGCGCUGCUCAUGGCUGGUACCGCUGGUGCGCACACUGCUGAACCGUGCCUACGGGCCCCUGGGGCUGCAGUGGGGGCUGCCUUCCCUGCCUCCCACCAACGGCAGCCCCACCUUCUUCGAGGACUUCCAGGCCUUUUGUGCCACCCCCGAAUGGCGUCACUUCAUCGACAAGCAGGUGCCUGGAGCUGGGGGCACGGGCAGAGAAGUGCGAGCUGGGGACCCACAUCGAGCACCGGUCUCCUGUCCCUGUCCCAUCCUCCAGGUGCAGCCCACCAUGUCGCAGUUCGAAAUGGACACCUACGCUAAGAGCCACGACCUCAUGUCAGGCUUCUGGAAUGCCUGCUACGACAUGCUCAUGAGCAGUGGGCAGCGGCGCCAGCGGGAGCGGGCACGCGGUCGUCGGGCCUUCCAGGAGCUGGUGCUGGAACCUGCACAGCGGCGGGCGCGCUUGGAGGGGCUGCGGUACACAGCGGCCCUGAAGCAGCAGGCAGCGCAGCACUCGACCGCCCUGCUGCACUGGGGGGCGCUGUGGCGUCAGCUCUCUAGCCCCUGUGGGGCCUGGGCCCUGAGGGACCCGCCCACCCCCCGCUGGAAGCUCUCCAGUGCCGAGACAUACUCGCGCAUGCGUCUGAAGCUGGUGCCCAACCAUCACUUCAACCCUCACCUGGAAGCCAGUGCCCUACGCGACAACCUGGGUGAGGCCCCCCUGACACCUGCAGAGGAGGCCUCCCUGCCUCUAGCAGUGACCAAAGAGGCCAAAGUCAGCAGCCUACCCGAGGAACUGCAGGAAGACCAGCUGGGUGAGGAUGAGCUGGCUGCGCUGGAGACCGCGUUGGAGGCCGCAGAGCUGGACGAGCAGCAUGAGAAGCUGGUGCUGUCAGCUGAGUGCCAGCUGGUCACAGUGGUGGCUGUGGUCCCAGGGCUGCUGGAGGUCACCACCCAGCACGUGUAUUUCUACGACGGCAGCGCUGAGCGUGUGGAAACCGAGGAGGGCAUCGGCCAUGACUUCCGGCGCCCACUGGCCCAGCUCCGCGAGGUCCACCUGCGGCGUUUCAACCUGCGCCGUUCGGCGCUUGAGCUCUUCUUCAUUGAUCAGGCCAACUACUUUCUCAACUUCCCCUGCAAGAUGGGUGGGGCCACGGCCUCAUCUCCGUGCCAGGCCCCCAGGCCCCAACCCUGCCCCAUCCCACCCCACACCCAGGUGCGGAACCAAGUGUACUCGUGGCUCCUGCGCCUGCGACCCCCCACCCAAGGCUACCUGAGCAGCCGCUCCCCCCAGGAGAUGCUGCGCGCCUCAGGCCUUACCCAGAAAUGGGUACAGCGUGAGAUCUCCAACUUCGAGUACCUGAUGCAACUCAACACCAUUGCGGGGCGGACCUACAAUGACUUGUCUCAGUACCCUGUGUUCCCCUGGGUCCUACAGGACUAUGUGUCCCCAACGUUGGACCUCAGCAACCCAGUCGUCUUCCGGGACCUGUCCAAGCCCAUCGGUGUGGUGAAUCCCAAGCAUGCCCAGCUUGUGAGAGAGAAGUAUGAGAGCUUCGAGGACCCAGCGGGCACCAUUGACAGAUUCCACUAUGGCACCCACUAUUCCAACGCAGCAGGUGUGAUGCACUACCUCAUCCGCGUGGAACCUUUCACCUCCCUGCACGUCCAGCUGCAGAGUGGCCGCUUUGACUGCUCUGACCGGCAGUUCCACUCGGUGGCAGCAGCCUGGCAGGCCCGCCUGGAGAGCCCAGCCGAUGUGAAGGAGCUCAUCCCAGAGUUCUUCUACUUCCCUGAUUUCCUGGAGAACCAGAACGGCUUUGACCUGGGCUGCCUGCAGCUGACCAACGAGAAGGUAGGCGACGUGGUGCUGCCCCCGUGGGCCAGCUCUCCUGAGGACUUCAUCCAGCAGCACCGCCGGGCUCUGGAGUCAGAAUAUGUGUCCGCCCACCUCCACGAGUGGAUCGACCUCAUCUUUGGCUACAAGCAGCGGGGGCCAGCUGCAGAGGAGGCCCUCAACGUCUUCUAUUACUGCACCUAUGAGGGGGCCGUGGACCUGGACCAAGUGGCAGAUGAGCGGGAACGGAAGGCUCUGGAGGGCAUUAUCAGCAACUUCGGGCAGACACCCUGUCAACUGCUGAAGGAGCCACAUCCAGCUCGGCUUUCAGCUGAGGAAGCAGCCCAACGCCUUGCACGUCUGGAUACUAACUCACCUAGCAUGUUCCAGCACCUGGACCAGCUCAAGGCCUUCUUCGCAGAGGUCAUCAGUGAUGGCGUGCCCCUAGUGCUGGCCCUGGUUCCCCACCGGCAGCCCCAUUCCUUCAUUACCCAGGGCUCCGCAGACCUUUUGGUGACUGUGAGUGCCAAUGGGCUACUGGGCACCCACAGCUGGUUGCCCUAUGACCGUAAUAUAAGCAAUUACUUCAGCUUCAGCAAAGACCCCACCGUGGGCAACCCCAAGAUGCAGCGACUGCUGAGUGGCCCUUGGGUGCCAGGUGGUGGUGUGAGUGGGCAGGCCCUGGCAGCAGCCCCAGACGGAAAGCUGGUGUUCAGUGGCGGCCAUUGGGAUGGCAGCCUGCGGGUGACGUCACUACCCCGGGGCAAGCUGUUGAAGCAGCUCAGCUGCCACCUCGAUGUAGUAACCUGCCUUUCACUGGACACCUGUGGCAUCUACCUCAUCUCAGGCUCCCGGGACACCACAUGCAUGGUGUGGCGGCUCCUGCAGCAGGGUGGUCUCUCGGUGGGGCUGGCAUCAAAGCCUGUGCAGGUCCUAUACGGGCAUGAGGCUGCAGUGAGCUGUGUGGCCAUCAGCACUGAACUUGACAUGGCGGUGUCUGGAUCCGAGGAUGGAACUGUGAUCAUCCACACUGUACGCCGUGGCCAGUUUGUGGCCGCACUAAGGCACCCAGAAGCCACGUUGCCUGGACCUGUGUCCCACCUGGCGCUGGGGUCUGAGGGCCAGAUCCUGGUGCAGAGCUCAGCGCGGGAGCGUCUGGGGGCCCAGGUCACCUACUCCUUGCACCUGUACUCGGUGAACGGGAGGUUGCGGGCUUCACUGCCCUUGGUAGAGCAGCCCACAGCCCUCGCGGUGACGGAGGACUUCGUUCUGCUGGGCACAGCCCAGUGUGCCCUGCACAUCCUCCAUUUGAACAAACUGCUGCCGGCCGCGCCUCCCCUUCCCAUGAAGGUGCCCGUCCGCAGUGUGGCUGUGACCAAGGAGCGCAGCCACGUGCUCGUGGGCUUGGAAGACGGCAAGCUUAUCGUGGUGGGCGCAGGGCAGCCCUCUGAGCAGCCAGUUAGCGCGGAAGCUGUGGCGAUCCUCCCGGCGCAUCUCCCAGGUGUCCUCUGGGGAGACAGAGUACAACCCUGGAGAGGCGCGCUGACAGCCUGCCCUGCCCUGCCCCGCCGCGCAGCUCCGCCCCCAGCGGGCUUCGCCCUGGGAGGGCCCCGCCCAGGAGUCCAAGGAGAGGGUGACGUCCAGCCCACACUCUGGCAGGGGGUGGGCGGGGCCCCACCUCUGCCCAGCUCAGGGAUUGGUGGGCGAUAUCACUCCUGGAAGUCCCGCCCCUCGCCGGCAGAGGGGCCUCCCGGAGUCCCAGCGCUGGCCUCAGCAGCCGCACAGCACUUUUUGCACAGCCUGGGGUGGGGAGCCCAGGUUCCCAAGCCCCCGUCCCGGCAGAGUACAGGGGCCGGGCCGUGGCCUUAAUCCUAAGGGCGGCCCCCCGCUCUCGCAUCUCCGCAAUAAACCUGGACUAGUUUUGUA